AUACGCUGUGGCACUGUGCUUUGCCUUUGGCAGCCGCUGUCUGCUAUUUGAAGAUGACAGCAUCAGCAUCAGCGUCGAUGUCGCCACAGCCGCAGGAUAAUCUACUCACAUUUCUGUGGCAUUUGUAUGCCGAGUGCGUCUACCGGUACCAGAAUGAUACGUCACCGGGUCAGCAGGCAACAGACCCUGGUGAUGGAAAUAUACAGCUGUUGGAGCCGUAUACGCGGAUGCCGAACUACUUGGAGAUGGCUGUGCUCAAUGAGGGCACCAUUGAUAUGCAGGAUGUGAAUGAGGAGGCGUCCAGUCUGAAUGAGUUGUAUGCCACGGUCCUAUCGGCAACAAUGGCACCAAAUCAGCAUUCAAUCCAAUACAAUGGCAACAACAGUAAUGCGAAUACAACACGUGAAAUGGAAAUCCUCUAUUGUCCGGUGAAUUUCGAUGGCUAUCUCUGCUGGCCACGGACACCAGCUGGCACCGUAUUGAGUCAAUAUUGCCCAGAUUUCGUUGAGGGUUUCAAUACCAAAUUUUUGGCACACAAAACCUGUAUGGAGACUGGUUCAUGGUUUCGACAUCCGGUAAGCAAUCAGACCUGGUCCAACUAUACCAAUUGUGUGGACUAUGAGGAUUUGCAGUUUCGUCAGAUCGUUAACGAACUGUAUGUGAAGGGUUAUGCUCUAUCGCUUUUAGCCCUGCUAAUAUCGAUAAUCAUAUUCGUUGGCUUUAAAUCGCUGCGCUGCAAUCGCAUCAGGAUACAUGUGCAUCUGUUCGCCUCGCUGGCCUGCACUUGCCUCACCUGGAUACUCUGGUAUCGUCUGGUCGUUGAGCAUUCCGAACGGAUUGCCGAGAAUCCAAACUGGUGCAUUGCCCUCCACUUGGUGGUGCAUUACUUUAUGCUGGUCAACUACUUUUGGAUGUUCUGCGAGGGUUUGCAUCUGCACUUGGUCUUGGUUGUGGUCUUUGUCAAGGAUACGAUUGUGUUGCGCUGGUUCAAGUUCUUCAGUUGGCUGUCCCCGUUACUCUUCAUAAUACCCUAUGGCGUUGUCAGACAUUUCAGUGCCAACGACAAUAAGCACUGCUGGAUAAGUGAAAGUUUCUAUUUGUGGAUCCUCUCAGUGCCCAUAACACUCUCGCUGCUGGCCAGUUUCAUCUUCCUUAUCAAUGUGCUGCGUGUGAUUGUGCGCAAGUUGCACCCACAAUCGGCUCACCCGGCACCGAUGGCAAUACGUAAAGCGGUGCGUGCCACAAUCAUUUUGGUGCCUCUGUUCGGCCUGCAACACUUCCUGCUACCCUAUAGACCGGAAGCUGGCACCAAGUUGGAUCGCUUCUAUCAGCUGAUGUCUGUGGUCCUUGUCAGCCUGCAGGGCUUUGUGGUCUCGUUUGUGUUCUGCUUCGUCAAUCAGGAUGUCAUCGUUGCCAUACGCACCUUGUUGAACAAAUGGAUGCCCAGUCUCGUGUCAGCCCCCCCGGCCGGGAGUAAUACUGGACAAAUGGCCACAACGACGCCCAGUCGCGAACUUGGCGUUUAAACCCAGACUUAUUACGGUGCAGACAGUUGAAAUGGCCCAAUUACGCUUUCAAGGCCACUGACGAUCAGAAAGUGAAAAACUAAAAUACUUCGAAAAAUAUGUACCCAUGUACCCAUAAACAAAUUGUUCCAAUUAAAACUGCAUCUCUUACUCCAAGUAAUGAAAUUCUUGGCCUACGAAAUGUGUGGACAUGCUUUCAGAAAGCAACUGUAUUCAAAGAAGAACCGUCGUACUUCAUUUAUCCCAAAACAGUCCAAAACACAUGCAUAACUUCAAGCUAACCAAAAUCGAUCAUCAAAGACGAAUUUCCCCAUCUAGGAGUUCAUUUGAAUAGAAAAUACACCCUAAAUACAAUGUUUUAGAGCA